GGCUGCGGUGCGCUGUGGUGAGCUUCAGUGCGGGCGUGGACUGUGAACAGGCAAGAGGCAAGCAGCAAGCAGCAGCGGCAAGCCUACAGCCGGGGGCCUGGGCCAGGGGCCACAUGGGGCGCAAACGAUAUGCACUGCUUGGCACUCUCUGUCGUCGCGCUGCUCGCUCUCACGCCCACACCCAACGACUCCUGGGCAGUCAGUACUCAAAUGCUAAUGGAUCCCACCCUUAUAUGUAAGAAGACGAGGAGACUGAAAGGAAAAGUGGCAGAGAUUUGUCGGAACGAGCCGGCCCUGCUGAAGGAGAUCUCUCGCGGAAUACAACUUGGCACGCGCGAGUGUCAGUUCCAGUUCAGAGAUCGUCGCUGGAAUUGCACCACGGCACGCAGAAGCAUCAGAAAAGUUUUGCUAAGAGAUUCAAGAGAAAGCAGUUUUGUAACAGCAAUAAUGUCAGCUGGUAUGACUUUCUCGGUAACCAGGGCUUGUACGAUGGGCGAUCUCAUUGAAUGUAGCUGUGAUAAAUCAAAAAAAGGUGCUGGCCAAGGGACUGUGAUAAGCAGCCGUUCUGCUUCGACAGAAGUGAGCAAUGGCGUUUCUAUGGAAACUGACUGGGAGUGGGGAGGAUGCGGUGACAAUGUUAACUACGGAUAUAGAAAGUCACGUGCUUUCUUAGACGCUCCUUAUCGAAAACGAACUGACAUCAAAUCUUUAGUCAAACUACACAAUAAUGACGCUGGACGACUGGUUAGUCAAGCAUUUGUCAAUAGCAAAAAUCAUUCCAAUCUGUCAGUUAUUGUUUGCUCUCUUAUCUUAAUCAAGAUAUUGUUUGUUGCAAGUUUAUGCAAGUACCAUUAUCCCAAAGAUGAACAUUAUUAAUACAUUUUUUACAUC